AUGGAUUGUGUGGAUAAGAUAGGCCUGGAUAAGCGUGCACGGGAUUACACGGGCUCCAAAGAAGUUAUGCUCUCGCCGGCGGUAAAGCAGGGAGGGCUUGAGUACGUCAACCAGCCCUCCGAGGCCAAGAAGCGCGAAGACUCUAAAAAGGUGUCGCAGGUACACCAAGCCAAGUCAAGCUGUAAAGCCAAUUCAAGCCAAGUCAAGGUAAAGUCAAGCUCAAGCCAGUUAAAGCCAAGUGGUAAAUCAAGUCAGUUCAAGCCAAGUCAGGGUAAAGUCAAGCCAAGCCAAGUCAAUUCAUUUCAAGCCAAGUCAAGUCAAUGUAAAGUCAAGUCAUUUCAAGCCAAGUCAAGUCAAGGUAAAGUCAAGUCAAGCCCAAGUCAAAGUCAAGUUAAGGUAAAGUCAAGCCAAGUCAAGCCAUGUCAAGUCAAGGUAAAGUCAAUUCAAGCCAAGUCAAGUCAAGAUAAAGUCAAGUCAAGCCAAGUCAAGCCAAGUCAAUCAAUUCAAGCAAGUCAAGUCAAGGUAAAGUCAAUCAAGCCAAGUCAAGUCAAGGUCAAGUCAAGUCAAGUCAAAGUCAAGUCAAGCAAAGUCAAGGUAAAGUCGUCAAGCCCAGUCAAGUCAAACCAAGUCAAGUCAAGUCUCCCCAACAACAACAAUGACAGCGGCAGUAGCAACGAGGCUAGACAUUCCUGA